GUCACCCAAGUGAUCUGAACACUCGUUCACCAGUUCAUGUGGCGCUUUUGGAACAUUCACUUGAAGAUCGUGUCAUUGUUAGUAUAUAUUUCUUGGACUAUCUUCUUUCCCCAUCCCGCAGUUUUUUUCUCGUUUCACCCCACCGAUCCUGGAGGGGAUUUAUCCUCCCAGAAGUUCACCACAGGGAUCAGUGCGAGGGAUUGCAGAGUGAAAAUCAAGUAUGCAAAAAUCAUCAGAAGAAAGAAGAAGUGUUGUGAGUGGUAUUUGCAAAAGUUGAAUCAAGAAGUGCUUCCAGCUAGAGAGAGUUUGUGUAUAAUGUCUCAAGUACCGUAGACCUAUUGAGAUUUUGCGAUCUUGUGGGGGAAUGGAGCAGAAGAGACUGACAAAGAAGUGAUAUUUCAGUGCAAAAAAGGAGUGAUCGUGAUCGUAUAUUGAUGAAAAGCAUCGUAGGUGGACUCUUUGACUCAGAAAAUUAAUUUUGUGACGUUAGACAAUGAUCUAUCGCCCAGAAAAGACUGAUCUUCAGCCAGAAAAAAAAUCUUCUGUAAAACAAACUGGUGAUCUUCAUGGGAUAGAUCGCGAGAUCUUAGCUAGAAAAUUUUCUUUUUGAGAAAUUAAAGUGUAAAACCUUCGGAAAAAAAAUAGAAAAAUUAGUGAACGUUAUAGUGCGAUCCUCAAGUGAUCUUGUUCCUAGAUAAACGCUCAAAAGCUUUUGUGGAGAAACUAAUAAUGAUCGUUUUGGGGAAAUAUCACGAUAUAUUAGGUUCGAAAAUUUUUAUUUAAGUGGUGUGAGCUUCAAGUGAUCUGUCCAUAGAAGUGUCUGCAGAAAAGACUGAUCGUUGACGUAAAAAUAAGUACAGUUUUUGUGGUAAUAUUUGAGGAAGAGAUCGCAUGGAAAAUGGGGUCAAUCGACAGUCACACGAGUUACACGGAAAUCAGGCGGCAUAGCAUGGAUGAGGAGUGUGUGGGUGGAGAGAGUAGUAAGACAAAUCACUGGACUCUGCCACGACGUCGAGUUCACAAGGUGGACGAUAAUGACAAGAUUAUAGGUGGAAUCUGCACGAUAGGUAGGCACAGAGGCACCAGCCGUUUGUCCCAAUCCCCUGAUCCACAAAAUCACGAGGAAACCCCACUGAACCGAGGCGUGGGAGUGUACUGUACUGUUCGAUCGGUGGCCAGAAAAGGCGAAGAGGGUCAUCAGAUUGUGACACGAUCGCAGUCAUUCACAGCGGACACGACUGAUCGAUCAGCACCAGAAACGCCCGAUAUUGCAGAGACUCUCAUGGAACUGGAUGCAUAUUUGGACGAGGUGGAGCAGGGAUGUGAGAGGCAAUGGCAGCCCAGUGAGAGUAGCAGUGGGGGCGGAACAUUGCCAAAAAUCAGAAGGACAACUACUUCUGAAAAUGUUCCGCGUGGGCAUCCAUUCAGAUGUACAAUUGCCUUUUCACCAAAUCGUGGCACUCCCGGACCACCUGGUGCUGAAGAAUUGCCCGAACGGCGAUGGAGGCGAACUUCCAUGAGAAAAACUCGUCCAAUUGCCCUACCUGAAGAUCACGAGGAAUCAUCAGUUCAAGCACCACAACAAGAACCCAUCAUGGCUUCUGAUGAAGAUUUGAGGGAUUUUGUGGAGUUCAAUAGUGUGAGAUUGACGGAAAAUGUAACUCUGAGAGAGCCUCAGCUCUGUCCUGUACGUCCAGCACCUCUGCCACCUACACACAGUCUCCCCAUAUCUCCAUCACAUGUCAUACUGCCUGAAUCUCCAUCAGAGGAGCGUCCUCGGCAACUUGGUAGACGAGCUGAGAUGCAGCCCCGUGUUGUGGCCAUUAAUGCCGAAUCUGCUGGAAAUCCUCAGAUAAUUGUAUCCCAUCAACGUCCACAGAGUGCUCCAGCACGAGUUCCAUCUACAUCCGAAGUGAGUUCUGUGGUUACAUCACGGAAUCCCAGUCCUACAUCAUCCACAAUCUCCAGUUCGGCCUCCAGCUCGAUGGCUUCUACAGAAGCAGCAACACCACAAAGACCCCGCCGGAGCCGUUCGAGUUCUGAAGAGGAGGAUACCCAGGUACCGACUGAUCCCGACGACAUGUCCAGCGACGGAGACAAAAACACCUGGCCACACAAUUUCAGCCGAGCCCUAGCCACCUUGGGCUGCACUUUGGGUCUCUUCAAUGUCUCACGCUUUGCCAUGAUGAGUGUCCACUUUGGUGCCAAUUUCAUUCUCCAGUUCCUCAUUCUCUCAGUGGUCUUCGGCAUUCCCAUGCUGUGGCUACAAAUGAGCCUAGGCGCCAAACUAAAAGCCGGAUGCGUAUCCAUGUGGCGUGUAAGUCCAAUUAGCCGAGGAGUGGGCAUAACGCUUCUGCUGGUUCAGGGUCUGGUAACCCUAUAUUCUGCUGUAUCCGUUGGCUGGCUCCUAGUCUAUUUUCGGGACAGUUUUGUCUCCCGAGAAGACAGAUAUCGCUGGCAGGAGCCCUUUGAACUCUUCCGAGGUGGAGUAUCUAAUGAUUCUCGGCUUUCGGACACUGUGGCUGACUAUUUCAGUGGAGUCGUUCUACAGAGAUGGCAUCUGGGAGCAGGAGGAAGAGUUGCUGGCGGAGGAUUGGGUGCUGUUCGCUUCCAAGUAGCUUUCAAUCUCUCAAUCUUUUGGACUCUAGUAUUCAUAGUACUCUGUCGAGGAUUGCGUUCCUAUGGGAAAUUUGUCUAUGUUCUGGCCAUUUUGCCAACACUUGGAAUUACAAUUCUCUGCACAAAACUUCUCACCAUGAUCGAUUUUACGAGUUUCCAGAGUAUCUUCCCAGCCACUGAUUGGCAGGAUUUCUUCAUGAAUUCCCAGAGCUGGAUGUCAGCAGCUCAGGAAACUUUUCUCACAUGGUGCCUAGCUGGAGCUUCAGUUGUGACCAUCUACAGCCGUGCAACAGCUCCCAAGAGCGGAGCCAGCUGGAGGGAUUUACGGAGAGAUGCCUUCCUGGUGGCCCUAUUUACAGUCUAUGGACUAAUGAUGGCUGCUUUGCUGGGGAAUAGCUGUGUUCAGAUCCUCUUCAACUACGGCUACCUGUAUUUUCCAGGAUCUUAUGAGAAUCUCGCCACAAAUAUUUUUAUCUAUCCUCGGGAUGCCCCUCUGCCGCCUCAGAUUGUAUCCUUGCCAUCCAAGUGGCUGCCCAGAUACUCUUCAGUUGUGGGAGAGAGUUUUCGGCGUCCUGGAAUGGUGCCAUCCCGAGAGAGUGGAUAUCAGGUACUGCGUCUGGUCACUGAACUCUUCCCAGCCACACUAGCUGCCGCUUCUCGCACCAACAUCUCUGCCGUGUGGAGCCUUCUGGGUUUCCUGGUGCUACUCCUUUUCGCCCUGGCCCAGCUCAGUGCCAUGUGGAAGCCCAUAGCGAUUUCCCUUGGUGAAUCCCCUAGCUCAGUCCUGCUUAGUUGCGUCACUGGCCUUUUGCUGGCUAUUCCACUGGCCACAGAAAGUGGCAUUGGCGUCAUCCAUUUUCUAGACGUCAUUUUGGGCGGAGCAUGGUGGUUAAUGCUGGUAUGGCUAGCCCAGAUCAUUGCCAUCUUCCUCAUUCGUGGUAGGCCAUUUAGUUCGGAUCUUCUGGUGCAGGAUCUUCAUCUCACACAGACAUUUUCAGCCUUCAUUGCAUUUGCAUGGAACGUUCUCAUUCCCAUUGGACUGAUCGUUCUUGCGGUCUUUGAGUACAAAAUAUCCAAUGCCAGGGAAUUCUUCAACUGGCGUGGAAAUAACUAUUGGCCACUGUGGGUACGCAAAGUUGGUGGAUUCCUUCAGGUGGCCAUCCUACAAAUCAUUCCUGUUGUCGCCAUCAUCCAAAUCUACAGAUACAUCACCAAGGGACCGCCUGACAUUCUCGAUAGAAUUCAGCUUCUCUAUCGGCCUGAGGUAGAUUCAGAGGGACGCGUACGGAAUUUCUCACGCCCUGAAAAUCAACGUCCACCCACCUCUCCAGCUGCUGUUACAACAAUCACCCUGGAGAAUCAUCAGAAUGUCCAGGACGAUGCACCGCCAAAGUACACGCCACCUCCUUCCUACACCACAGCUACUGGCGCCAGGAUAGCUAAACUACUGCGUCAGAGCAUCCGUCGGAGUGUUCGGAGAAUCUUAGGCGAAUCUAGUGGAAACAGGAGACAGACUGAGGCAUCUCCAUCGCGUCCUCCUCCCGACUACUCCUCUGUGAUUGUUGAUCCGAGUGGAGAGUCUGGGGAAAUGGGACCCAGAGUGCUGUACAAUAGUCACACAAACAGACGCUCAGAGCCCCCACCUGCCGUCACGUGUCAGCGUCUGACGGCUCAGGAUGUGGCUCAGUUGCUUCGGCCACGACGUACAAACUUCCACAGAGCCUCAUCCCUUGGAGGUUGUGUCGAACAGGUGUUCAGGGGCUCUCUGAGGCACGCUCACUCGCGCUCUGUAGAAAAUCUAGUGCUCAAUGCUGCACCAACUGGACAAAGCAGCUGCAUGACACUGGAUAAGGCGACAACGCCAGAAAACUCCUCCUCUGUGAUAUGAGAGAGAUGUGCAGAGAACAACGAUUCGAUGAGUCUGACCAGGAAUCUCGCAGAGUUCAGAGAUUUUUAAAAGACGUGAAAUAUAUUAUAUAUAAUCCA